GAAAUUGCAAGUUGCAUUUGUAAUAAGCACUUUUAAUUAAACAAAAUUUGGAUACCUUUCACAUUUUGGAAAGGUUGUUGCCAUGAGUUCGGUGGCAAUGGUGCUGGCUAUUUUAAGUGUGUUACUGGUAGGUUCUGUCUUACAAGUGGCAGCUUCAGAUGAUCUCACCCAGCGCAUCAUAGGCGGUCACAUGACCGACAUAGAGGACGCCCCCUGGAUGGCUGCACUCUGGACGGCUAAUAAAGAUGGAAACACGUCAUUUUGUGGAGGUUCUAUAGUCCACGAACAGUUUAUCUUGACUGCAGCACAUUGCUUCCGAAAUGCUGACGAACCUUUCAACACCUGGGGCUACAUCUGUCGAUCCAACUUAUUCGACGAAGGCAUUUUCAUAAAACCCGAGCAAAAGUUCUGCCAUGACGACUUUCAAUUCCCGAGCCACGCCAACGACAUCUGUCUGCUGAAACUGAAGGAUCCGAUAACUAAGUUUAAUGACAAGAUAGCGUUGAUCACGUUUGACGAUACCGUGUCGUUGGAACCGGGGACUAUGGUCAACGUUACGGGGUGGGGAAAGACUGAAAAUAGUAAAGGUGCAGUAGAGGACAUGCGUCAAGUUCUGGUGCCCAUAAGGUCGGAUACGACCUGUCGUAAAAACUACCCGUCUACUACUGAGAAGCAGAUAUGUGCUGGAAAUAAGGGACACGAUUCCUGUGUGGGUGACAGCGGAGGACCCCUGACAUGGUACAACAUUCAAGUUGGAAUCGUAUCCUACGGACGAGGGUGCGGCCAGCCCAACGGUGCCGUCUACGUCAGGGUCAAUAGCUACCUGGAAUGGAUCGCGACUACUAUUCAUGACAACUUGUAAAUUAUAGUCAAUGCUUCACCACUUUGACAGC